GCUUCAAUGGAGGGCUUUGAUUGUGCGACUUGUGUCACCACUUGUUAGUGUCUUAGUUUAACUAUAGAGUUGUUGUCUUUAUAUAUCAUCUUUAUGUCUUUCUAGGCUGAUGCUUGUGUAGGAUGUCUUCAGUGAAUUUCACGGGGAAGAAUGUGGAGGAGUUUACCAUCACAGGCUUCGACCACCUCUCUCACCAGAAGCUCCUGGGCUUCCUCAUCUUCAUCACCUAUUUCCUUGUGCUUCUGGGAAGCGGCACCAACAUCUGCAUCAUCGUGACGGACAGACGGCUGCACACGCCCAUGUACCUCCUUAUCUGUAACCUGGCCGUGGUGGACAUCAUGUUCACCACCAGCAGCAGCCCCACCAUGAUCUCUGUCCUGCUGGCUGAGGUCAAAACCAUCUCCUACUACUCCUGCAUAUCAAGCAUGUACAUCUACCACCUGGGUGACAUCACAGGGUGUCUGGCCCUGUCCCUGAUGGCUUUGGACCGAACCAUCGCUAUCAGCACCCCUCUUAGGUACCACAGCAUCCUGACUAACACACGAAUAUUUGUGUUAAUCAUAGUUUCCUGGUUCAUAGGUAUAAUGUGCUUAGGAAUUGAGCUUGCUUGGACAGACUUUGACAGCCUUCCAUACUGCCAGUCAAUCAUUAGGUACGUCUUUUGUGAUUACCCAGCUUUAAUCAGGGCUGCCUGUGUCAACCCUGAACCUUACUUCCUGAUUCCCACCAUUCUGGCUCUAUGGCUCCUCGCGGGCCAGUUUCCCUUAAUUCUACUGUCAUACGUUAAAAUCAUCUACACACUCCUGAGACUGCCAAACAGUGAGAGCAGAGCGCAGGGGUUUAAUACCUGUAUUUGUCACAUUAUUGUGGUGUCCUGUUACUACGCUCCCAAGUUAGUCUCUGUGUUGUUGACGAGGAUAGGGCUGAGGCUGAAUCUGACAGAGCGUAAUGCUUUACUGAUUAUAGCCACGCUGUUACCUUCUCUGAUCAACCCUACAGUCUACUGUCUGAAGACCAAGGAGAUUAGAAAGAGAUGGGUUCAAAUACUGUCUAGAAAAAAAAGAACUGUAUCAAUAAAAUGUCAGAAAGGGUGAGUUAUUUAUUAUUAUACAUUUUGGGAUACACAUAAUAAUAUACAGAUGUGACUUGAAUGACAUGUUUUAUCAAAUCUCAAAUGCAAAACGAAUGUAUAGAGUCAGGUAUGAACAGGCAUGAACCCCUCACUAACAUAUAUGAAAGUGCACUCUUCUUAAAUAUCAACUAAUUAAAAAAACAAGAAAAAAGGUCAAACAGUUAUCGCAUGGUUUGAUAAUUGUGCAUGAAAUCAAUUGCAACAAUAUUGUCAAAUUAAUUUUAAGGGAUAUUAAUUAUUAAAAGGUAAAUUAGGGAGUGCUUACAUUUGUCCUGUUUCACACAUGUACAAGUGUGUAACUUGUGUUUGGUGAAAUAGAAAUGUGUUUUAAGCAUAUCCCACUCCCCCUGGGACAGAGUGGGGUCACGGCAUGGGAUCAUUAUGGUCGAUCAAACAUAUCAAAUCAGUGUUUAAUGGUUGCGUACACAGUUUAGCAGACACUACAGUCUAGCAGACGCUACAGUCUAGCAGAUGUUACAGUUUAGCAGACGUUACAGGUUAGCAGAUGAACAAUGCCUGUCCUUCAGCACAUCUACAGCACCCGGUGUCAAAGGAAGGCCAAGAAGAUCAUCAAGGACCUCGGAGCCACCCGAGUCACAGCCUGUUCACCCUGUUACCAUCUAGCAGGCGGAGACAAUGCAGGUGUAUCAAAGCUGGGACAGAGAGAAUGAAAAACAUCUCCAUUCCAUCAGAC